CUUGUCUAUUUUGUUUUUUGGUGGCGAGAGCAAAAGGGGAAGAAGAACGGAGAUCAAUGGACGGGAGAAAGGACGGAGAGGGGAAGCCAUGGUCGGAGAGAGAACAAUUAUCCAGGGCCUGGGGAAUCCUCCUCUUUGGAUUUCAUUGGCGCCGCCGCCACCAUCCUCGCGGUUGGACAUGUCCGCAGAACUGUUGAUUUGUUCAACAUUGAGCUGAAAUGGCAAUCAACUUCAUCACGGAAUUCCAGUCAUAGGACUAAACGAGGAGACACUUGGGAAAGAUUUAAGCGUCAAAUGCAAGAGGAGUAUGAGCAGAAAAUGGAACGAGUGGAACGUAUAAGGCGCAUGCAAAACAUGUUCAAUAGAGAAAGAGAUAGACAUAGGAGGGGUUAUGAAAGAUGGAGGGAGAAUGCCUCUGGACCAUAUCAACAAUCUCCACAGGACGAUUGGUAUUGGAACACAGAUACCUCAUACCAGCACCAGAGAACCAACUUCAGAUCUCCACAAUGGGAUAAUAACAGUUGUUCCAUGUCACAUCAUUACUCAGUUUUGGGCCUUGACAGAUCGAGGAAAACUCCAUACUCUGAUACUGAGAUUAAGGUUGCCUUCAGGGCAAAAGCAAUGCAGUACCACCCUGAUCAAAAUCAGAAUAAUAAAGAGGCUGCAGAAGCAAAAUUUAAAGAAGUAAUGGCAUCCUAUGAUGCCAUAAAAUUAGAGAGAAAGAACAGAUGUUGACUGAACAAAGAGAAAAA